GGAAAGUAGUCGGUGGUAGACGUGCCGCAAUUGAGACCAAGGCCUUUGGUGUACGAAGAUUUCGCGACUCAAAACCCCCCCACGACAUCCAAACAAUACCUCCGUCAGCUUUCUGAUUCCACCCACCCACCCACCCACUCACAUCCAGAUAUAAAUUAAAUUGCUUAUAAAACCCCUUGUUUGUUGAUCCAUUAUCCCUCGCACCAAACCAAAUCAAUUCACACACCUUUUUGUUAUAUAAUCUAAGGAUAGAUAUAUACAUACAUAGAUAGAUACAAGAAUGGUUGCAAAUGAAAACGAAGAAAAUGUUCCAAUGGUGGUAAUCAACAAACUGAAAUUCACAUACCCAGGUAUCGACGGACACCCACCCCCAGGUUCCGUCCCUCUUAUCCAAGACUUGUCACUCACUCUUAACUCCGGUGAUCGCUGUCUUCUUGUCGGAUCAAAUGGCGCUGGGAAAACAACGAUAUUGAAGAUAUUGGGAGGGAAGCAUAUGGUGGAGCCUGACAUGGUUAGAGUUCUUGGAAGGUCUGCUUUUCAUGAUACUUCUUUGACUUCUUCUGGUCAACUUGCUUAUCUUGGUGGUGAGUGGAGAAGGGAAGUUGCUUUUGCUGGCUUUGAUGUUGCUAUACAAAUGGAUAUUUCCGCUGAAAAAAUGUUAUUUGGGGUAGCGGGGGUUGAUCCUCAAAGAAGAGCUGAGCUGAUUAAGGUUUUAGAUGUCGAUUUGUCAUGGAGGAUGCACAAGGUAUCUGAUGGUCAGCGAAGAAGGGUGCAAAUAUGCAUGGGGCUUCUAAAGGAAUUCAAGGUUCUUCUUCUUGAUGAAAUCACAGUUGACCUAGAUGUACUUGCCAGGGCUGAUCUUUUGACAUUCCUUAAAAAGGAAUGUGAAGACCGCGGUGCUAUCAUCAUAUAUGCUACACAUAUAUUCGAUGGUCUCGAGAAUUGGCCUUCACACAUCGUUUAUGUUGCUCAAGGAAAGUUGCAGUUGGCAUUGCCUAUGGAAGAGAUAAGAAAGAUGAGCAAUCUAUCUUUAAUGAGAACAGUAGAGCAAUGGCUGAGGAAAGAACGAGAUGAGGAGAGGAAGAGAAGGAAAGAGAGAAAAGCAAAUGGGCUUCCAGAAUUUGAUAAGCGUAUUGAUGGUACUCGGGUAGCUGGGGAUCCAGUUCGUGUGGUCAACAACGGUUGGGCUGCUGGAAGGUUGAAUUCCACCGUUGCUGGUGAAGAGAACUUUGUCUAUAGUUCAAACAGGGUUGUCAGACAAUAGUCUAAAUUGACACCUUAGACCACGGUACAAACUGAAACCCGAGACAAUUGAUAAAAUGGAUACCUGGUCCAAUUUUUGGUUCUUUUUCCUCCCAUACUUGUACGCAAUCUUUUCUCUUUAUGCUUAAACAAACCUGCUUCUUAUGCAUGAAACGGUAUAUUUGUUGUAAAUGUACCAUUUAUAUCUCUCGAUAGUCAAGUGUGUAAACAUGUACCAAUUAUAUCUUAAAGAGCAAUUGUUGGUUUAUGAA